AUGGAUAGCUGUUUACUGCUACUUUUUACGCUGGGAAUUCCUCUCCCAUGGCCGUGCCUUACAGCAGCAGAAAACGUUAAAACGGAAAGAGCAAAGCAGCCGGCAGGAUCUCAUUCGAGAGUGAAGCGGGGCUGGGUGUGGAACCAAUUUUCUGUGCCAGAGGAAAUGAACACAACUCAUCAUAUCGGCCGGCUAAGAUCUGAUUUGGAUAAUGGAAACAACUCUUUCCAGUAUAAACUUUUGGGAGUUGGAGCUGAAAACAUUUUUACCAUUGAUGGAAGAACAGGUGACCUAUAUGCCAAACAGAAGCUUGAUAGAGAAGAACAAUCCCUCUACAUCCUAAGAGCCCAGGUAAUAGACAUCACCACUGGAAAGGCUGUGGAACCUGAGUCUGAGUUUGUCAUCAGAGUUUCGGAUAUCAAUGACAAUGAGCCAAAAUUCCUAGAUGAACCUUAUGAGGCCACUGUACCAGAGAUGUCUCCAGAAGGAACGUUAGUCAUCCAGGUGACCGCAAGGGAUGCUGAUGAUCCUUCAAGUGGCAAUCACGCUCGUCUCCUGUACAGCUUACUACAAGGCCAACCAUAUUUUUCUAUUGAACCAACAACAGGAGUUAUAAGAAUAUCUUCUAAAAUGGAUAGAGAACUGCAAGACGAGUAUUGGGUAAUUGUUCAAGCCAAAGACAUGAUUGGUCAGCCUGGAGCACUGUCUGGAACAACAAGUGUAUUAAUUAAACUUUCAGAUGUUAAUGACAAUAAGCCUAUAUUUAAAGAAAGCUUGUACCGCCUGACUGUCUCUGAAUCCGCACCCACGGGCACUUCUAUAGGCAGAAUCACAGCACAUGAUGAUGACACAGGAGAGAAUGCAGAAAUGGAUUACAGCAUUGAAGAGGAUGAUUCGCAAACAUUCGACAUCAUUACUAAUAACGAGACCCAAGAAGGAAUAGUCAUAUUGAAAAAGAAUGUGGAUUUUGAGCAGCAGAACAACUAUGGUAUUAGAGCCCAAGUUAAAAACCGCCAUGUCGAUGAGCAGUUUAUGAAAUUCCACACCAAAGCCUCCACCACCUUCAUUAAGGUCCAGGUGGAAGAUGAGGAUGAACCUCCCAUUUUCCUCCUUCCAUACUACGUAUUUGAAAUUUUUGAAGAAAACCCCCAUGGAUCAUUUGUAGGCAUGGUGUCUGCCGCUGACCCAGAUCACAGGAAAUCUCCCAUCAGGUAUUCUCUUACUGGAAGCAAACUAUUCCACAUUGAUGACGACAAUGGCACAAUCAUUACGACUCACCCACUUGACCGGGAGGUCAACGCCUGGUACAACCUAAGUGUUACAGCCACAGAAAGCUACAAUGCACAACAGAUCUCAUCUGCCCCUGUGUAUGUACAAGUUCUUAAUAUUAAUGACCAUGCUCCUGAGUUCCCUCAGUAUUAUGAGACGUAUGUUUGUGAAAAUGCAGAUUUUGGUCAGGCAAUUCAGAACAUCAGUGCAGUAGACAGAGAUGAAUCUAUAGAAGAUCCCCAUUUUUACUUUGAUCUAUCAGUAGAUGACACAAACCACUCAAGUUUUACAAUCAGAGAUAAUCAAGAUAAUACGGCUACAAUUUUGACUAACAGAACGGGGUUCAGCCUGCAAGAAGAGCCCAUCUUCUUUGUAUCCAUCUUAAUUGCUGACAAUGGAACCCCAUCACUUACAAGUACAAACACUCUUACCGUAUACAUCUGCGAUUGUGACCAAAAAGGGGAUACACAGCUCUGUAGGAAUAAGGAACUUAUGCUUUUCAUGGGAUUCAAGAUGGAAGUUAUAAUUGCUAUUCUUGUCUGCAUUAUGGCAAUAUUUGGGUUUAUUUUCUUCGUCUUGUGUCUAAAACAACGAAAAAAACAGACUCUAUUUCCUGAGAAAAGUGAAGAUUUCAGGGAGAAUAUAUUCAGAUAUGACGAUGAAGGUGGUGGAGAGGCGGAUACGGAAGCGUUCGAUAUUGCGGAGCUGAGGAGUCGCCCGGUGCUGCGGGGACACAGGACCCGGAGAGCCCCCAGGGCGGAGGUCCGCAGCCUGUACAGGCAGUCUCUGCAGGUGGGCCCAGACAGCGCCGUCUUCAGAAAGUUCAUUCUAGAAAAGCUGGAAGAAGCCAACGCUGAUCCCUGUGCCCCUCCCUUUGACUCCCUGCAGACCUAUGCUUUUGAGGGAACCGGGUCCUUAGCUGGGUCCCUGAGCUCCUUGGGGUCAGCAGUCUCUGACCAGGAUGAAAACUAUGAUUACCUUAAAGAGCUGGGACCUCGCUUCAAAAGAUUAGCGUGCAUGUUCAGCUCCACGAUGCAGACAAAUCAUUAG